AGUACUGAGCCCCUCUCUGCUCUGUACCGCACGUCCAACGUCACUUCGCCGCCAUCAGCUUCACGUCAAGAUCCCAGCCAUGAAGAAAAUCAUCAGCACGCACAAGGGAGCGGCGCCGCAGUUUCCUUACAGUACUGAGCCCCUCUCUGCUCUGUACCGCACGUCCAACGUCACUUCGCCGCCAUCAGCUUCACGUCAAGAUCCCAGCCAUGAAGAAAAUCAUCAGCACGCACAAGGGAGCGGCGCCGCAGUUUCCUUACAGUCAGGCGGUGCUGGCGGACAACACGCUCUACAUCUCUGGCCAGAUUGGUCUGGACGCGGCCACCAUUCAGCUGCGGGAUGGGGUGGAGGCUCAGACCCGACAGGCCAUGGAGAAUGUCGGUCACAUUCUGGAGGCGGCCGGCAUGGCCUUUACAGACGUUGUCAAGUUGACGGUGCUCUUGGCCGAUAUGAACGACUUCGCAAAGGUGAACGACGUCUAUAAAACCUUUUUCACCGGAGACUUCCCAGCGAGAGUGGCCUACCAGGCCGCCGCUCUUCCGAUAGGUGCACGUGUGGAAAUUGAAGGAAUCGCCGUCAAGUCAAACUCCAGCCUGUAGAUUAUCGAAAGCAAAAGCAGCACGAGAGUCGACAAAUGCAGGUUCCGUUUGUAUCUCAGCGAACUACAUUUAGCAACCCACUGUGCGAUGUUCUACGCUUAUCGCGAACUAACGCGUUUUCAUUCUGAUAACGCCCCCAGCACUAUUGGCGCUGAAUUAAACGGUUCUUCAGAUAAUAGAAUCUACAGAAACAAAGCGAUCGCUUAUUCGUUUAUCAUUGACAGUGCAUUGACUACGACAAUGUAAGACCGAUUUGAGACUAGGCGGCUUUAAUUGCACGAUUAAAUGUGAUUCGUCACACAAAAAACGAUGUGAACUACAAAUAUACGGUAAUAUGAU